AUGCGCAAUAAGCCGGCGAAAUAUGGAAUAAAGGUAUUCUGGUGUUGUGACUCAAACACUUCAUAUCCGUUGAAAGGUGAAGUUUAUGUUGGACGUCAGUCUGGAACGGCCACCCUCGCGAACAAGAAUGGCGUCAAAAAGCUAGUCAAAAGAUUAGUCACACCCUGGAUCAACAAAGGUCGAAGCGUCACUGCGGAUAAUUACUUUACAAGGGCUGAACUUGCCG